AAAGCUUUUAAAACAAAAACAGAAUUUUCCUUUAAAAAAAAGGUUUUUCUCGUUCUUCAGCGAGAUUAAAGCUCUGUAUGGAAGAAUCUCACGGCAUCAAUGGCGUCGAUGAUUCAUAUCGUCAUCUCCCUAUUCUCUACUUGACUUUUCUAUCGAUCUGGUCUCUCUCCGCUUGUUCUUGGACGGUUAACACUUUCAAGAACCGCAAUUUUCAGACAAAUAGCUUACAAUGGAUUCUUGCUUCAGUUCCUUUGAUCAAAGCAUUACAGCUAACCCUAUCUUUCCUCUUUUGGCAUUCAUGUUUUCACCACCAAAUAUGCUCUCUUUGGAUGUCUUUUGGUGUAUAUGUGACUGGUGUUCUGUUUCAGACAGCUUCGUUUGUUUCCUUUUUACUCAUCUCUCACGGUUACUGCAUCACGUGUGAACGGCUCUCGUUGACAGAACGUAGAACCACAGCUUCACUUGGUUGUGUCUUUUACUUGACUCUCGUUGGAUACAGAGCUUCUGUUCCUUACUUCGCAGUGCUUCUGAUACUUAACUACAUGAUCUCAUUCUAUGUUAUUUUCCACCAUAUAUCACAAAACUUAUCGGUGUUACGAGAACAACUGAGUUUCAUCGAGGAUGAGAAUGUUCAAGCUAUGCAUGAUGCUGUCUAUGCUAAAUACAUCAUGUUCAAAAAGUUUCAAGGAGCUAUGCAGAUAGUAGCAAUGGCAGAAACUGUGAUAUAUAUGAACAUGGAUAACUCCUCGCAGAACUAUUGGCUCAGGCUACUGAUUCGAGAGUGGGCUCAGUUUUGCAUCUUUCUCUAUAUUGGAUGGACUUUCAGGUCUCAGGACAUGGCCCCACGGUUCUCAGUCAUGCCUACACUAAAACCCAAAGAUAAUACAAUUAUCCCUCCAAUUUACAGCAUGGAAAUGGAUGAAAAAACAUUUAAAGAAUUCAGAAGUCAUGAAUGGAACAUUGGAGUGCCAAUGCCACAUUCAAACUAUGAAAGGCAAAAAGAUUCAGUUCUAGUGAUAAUUCAGCAUCCUAGAUAGCAUUCAAAGACAAAGCAAAAUAUACAUUGUUGCCUCUCUCUUUUAUCUUCCUAGAAAGGGCAAAAGUUCACACACAGACACAGAAACAAAGUUUCUCUCAGGUUAAGACAAGGUGCUUCCUCAGCAACUAGCAACUGCAAUGUUCUAUCCUCACAACCUUCUCUUUUAUUUUUUAUGUUUUAGUUUUGUUUGUUGCUUUUCUCUCUGUUGGGUAUAUUACAUAGAGAAAUAAAAGGUAUACUUUCUUGUAUAGAUGCAAAAGUUAAACUAGUAGAGCUAUAACAUUACUAAUGAAAAUGUAAAAACUAGUUCCCUACAUUCUCUUGUUUCUAAAUCCCAGUUCAAACAA